AUGUAUUUCCUUCCCCUUCUAGGUGUCGAGGGUGUCGAAAAAUACGAAGUUUUCGAUCCCAUCACCCACUACAAGCAGUACCGUUGCCCCGACUGCUCCAAAAUAAUGAAAGGUCCGACACGGUUCAAGGAUCACUUACGAAUUCACACGGGAGAAAAGCCUUUUGUCUGCUCAAGGUGUGGGGCCGCAUACGCAAGGAAGGUCGCACUCCUCCUCCACCUUCAAUGUAGACAUCCCACGGAGAAAGCAGGAUUUGUUUGUGACGAGUGUCCCAAGUCGUUCCCAGCCCGAUACUCGUUGACGGAGCCUCCCAAUGCUGACGGUGCCGACGUCCCCCUUCGCAAACGAAAACCUGUCAACCAAAAACAGACACAAGCCAGCAAACGAUAUUAUCAAAACGUUAUCAAACCUCAGCGGAAACUCCUCUCCCCCGUCGCCUGUCCGGAUUGCGGUAUCAUCUCGAAACACGCCAUCACUCUGAAAUACCAUCAAAAGCUUUGUCACUCCUCCCAAACCCCGAUACCCCGAAAAGCCCCCGUUUGGCCGUGUCCCCUCUGUGACUUAAAAUUCGGGUUAAAACUCUCCCUCCACACGCACCUUUCCACCGUGCACGACUCAGCCGAGUCCAUCGAGGGGAUCAAUAGCUUCGGAACGUUCGAGGACAAAGAUCCCGUCACCGACGUAAAGCGACUUCGUUGUCCCGACUGCGAUAAGAUGAUCUCCUUCAUAAAUUUUAGGAGUCAUUUAAGACUCCAUACGGGCGAGAAGCCACAUCUCUGCCAAAUUUGUGGGGCCACAUUCCGCGAAAAGACCUCGCUGACAAACCACUGUAAACGUCGCCAUACGACUGAGGAAGAGAGGCAAGAAUUCAUUUGUGAUCAGUGUCCCAAAUCGUUCCGAUUUCAAAAUGACUUGCUAACUCAUCGAAAGAGGAUGCACCCCGAGGGGGGAGAAAGAGCGACCUUUUUGUGCUCAAGGUGUCCAAAACAGUUCGCGCAUAGAAGCAGCUUGAACGCACAUGUUCUUGCGGUUCAUGAACAGGCGAGGAGGUUCAAGUGUACCCAGUGUGACAAGGCUUUCAAAUGGAACAGUGAUUUACGGUAUCAUGAGCAAGUACACGCCAAUCCGGGAGCGAAGAAGAGGCGUAAUCGCCCAUUGCGAAUUGUUCCCCCUACGUAACCAAGACACGAGAAUUUGUCAACUCCAGGAGAAUCAUUUACCAGUCGAGAAGAGGAACCAAGAUUUGUAUGAAGGCAUGAUUUCCUAAAUAAAUACGCUUUCGCAGAAACCUGUACCGUAAUUGGUUUCUUAAAUGCAUUAGUUUUUUUAACUUGUGGACUGGAUUUGUGACAUUACAUAUUAAUUUUG